UAUUGCUUACCAUCAUCAGCUUUUACGGCUUUGUAAUACUUGCAUUUGUAAUAACGCUUGUCAAAAUGACCUGGUUCAUAGCAGUCUCGACACUUGAUUUUACCAAAUGGGUUCCUUUUAACCUGUUUCUUAUGCUUUUCUUUAAUAGAUCUAAUCUUCUGUAUAAUGAAACUUUUGUACAUGAAUAGAGCUGUAAAAAGACACGUCUUUAUCAUUGGGCAAAGUUCCGGAAAAGGCACUGACGAACAUCUGGUUGGGUCUUAUAACACAUCGUCAUUUGACGAAAAAGUUGUCAAGCUUUUUGUAGCUCGUCCUAUUGCAAAGUCACGCCAAUAAGAGUUUUCUUAGCGACUUCCUUACUAUGAAGACUCAUUUU